UUUGUUUACACAGCUAUCCGACCGCAGCCAGUUAGCCUGCUCGGCUGUGCUCUGUUCCAGCAAGUGUGAGUUCAGAGUUUGGAGGGAAAGGAAUUGCCACUCGAACCACGAGGGAGUGCAACCAAACGAUUUUUCUUUGCUCAGAGGCCACAACUGUGGUGAAAUUCUUCAUAGGAGGAGGUGAAACCAGAGAACAUUUUGUUCUUCGGUUUUGUUUGAAAUGCUUCUUUGAAAAAACCCUCUACUCCGGCGCUCAUUGCUGUGUCUUCAUUGGACAAGGUGGGACAUACAGUGGAUGAAGAGAAGAACAAGCGGCAAUUUUUUCAAGCUUGUGUUGUGCCUAACUAAGGCACAACUCUGAGGGAAUCUGGAAAAGCCACGUUUUCUUUCUUUUGGAAAACACUUUAAAGGAUUUGAUACUUUGUAGUGGGAAAGGGUUGCUCUGCUGUGCUAUGUACAACAACUCCCAUUCACUUCAUAUCUGAGAGGAAUAUUUUAGAGAGAGAAAAGCAGCCAUGGAGUGGGACCAGAGGGAAAGAGAGCACUCCUUGUCCCCAGCAGCAUUUGUUAAUCAGGUGCAAUACUCCAACAUCUUGGAAGGAAGGUUUAAACAGCUACAAGAUGAGCGUGAAGCGGUUCAGAAGAAGACCUUUACCAAAUGGGUGAACUCUCACUUAGGCCGAGUGACCAGUCGCAUUGGUGAUUUGUACACCGACCUACGCGAUGGCCGUAUGCUAAUCCGCCUUCUGGAAGUGCUCUCAGGAGAACAGCUGCCAAAACCCACCAAGGGACGCAUGCGUAUCCACUGCCUGGAGAAUGUUGAUAAAGCCCUGCAGUUCCUCAAGGAGCAAAAAGUCCAUCUGGAAAACAUGGGCUCCCAUGACAUUGUGGACGGGAAUCACCGCCUCACACUGGGUCUCAUCUGGACCAUUAUCCUUCGCUUCCAGAUCCAGGACAUCAGUGUGGAGACGGAAGACAACAAGGAGAAAAAGUCAGCUAAAGAAGCCCUGCUGCUUUGGUGCCAAAUGAAAACUGCUGGAUAUCCCAACGUCAACAUUCACAACUUCACUACCAGCUGGCGAGAUGGUCUGGCGUUCAGUGCCAUUGUGCACAAACACAGAUCUGACCUGAUUGAGUUUGACAACCUGAAGAGAUCCAAUGCUCACUACAAUCUUCAGAAUGCUUUCAAUGUGGCUGAGAAGGAACUGGGCCUUACCAAGCUGCUGGAUCCAGAAGAUGUCAAUGUUGAUCAGCCUGAUGAAAAGUCCAUCAUUACCUAUGUGGCCACCUACUAUCAUUACUUCUCCAAGAUGAAAGCCCUGGCAGUGGAGGGCAAAAGAAUUGGCAAGGUGCUGGACUAUGCGAUUGAGGCUGACCAGCUGAUAGAGAAGUACGAAACCCUGGCUUCAGAGCUGCUGCAGUGGAUUGAGCAGACCAUAGGGACGCUAAAUGACAGGCAGCUCGCCAACUCCCUGAAUGCUGUGCAGAACCAGCUUCAGGCUUUUAACUCCUACCGGACUGUGGAGAAACCCCCCAAAUUUACAGAGAAAGGAAACUUGGAGAUUCUUCUCUUUACUAUCCAAAGCAAGAUGCGAGCAAACAACCAGAAAGUCUACAUGCCAAGAGAGGGCAAACUUAUCUCAGACAUCAACAAGGCAUGGGAGCGACUGGAAAAGGCAGAGCAUGAACGUGAGCUGGCGCUGCGAAAUGAGUUGAUUCGACAGGAGAAGCUGGAGAUGCUCGCUGCUCGUUUUGACCGCAAAGCAGCUAUGAGGGAGACAUGGCUGAGUGAGAACCAGAGGCUGGUGUCUCAGGACAACUUUGGAACCGAUCUGGGAGCGGUGGAAGCUGCCACCCGUAAACAUGAGGCCAUUGAGACAGACAUUGGGGCAUAUUGGGAGCGUGUGGCUGCUGUGGAGGCUGUUGCAAAAGAGCUGGAAGCAGAAGGAUACCAUGAUGUGCGGCGUGUUAUUGCUCGAAGGGAUAAUGUGCUUCGACUCUGGGAAUACCUGAAAGAGCUUCUGGUUGCACGCAGAGAGCGGCUGAAUGCCCACCGUGACCUACAGAGGCUGUUCCAGGAGAUGUGCUACAUCAUGGAUUGGACGGCAGAUAUGAAGAAUCGUCUGCAGUCUCAGGAUAAUGGCAAACAUUUGCAUGAUGUGUUGGACCUUCUUCAGAAACACAAUUUGGUAGAGGCUGACAUAUCAGCUCAGGCAGAGAGGAUCAAGGCAGUGCAGGGAGCAGCACAGCGCUUCACUUCCUAUGAACAGGCCUACAAACCAUGUGAGCCAGGACUAGUAGGUGAAAAGGUGGACCUGCUCGGUCAAGCUUACGAGGAGCUUGGUCAGCUUGCCUGCAAACGUAGAGAGCAGUUGGAGGACUCUCGUCGCCUGUGGCAGUUCAUGUGGGAUGUCGGAGAGGAGGCAGCCUGGAUCCGAGAACAGGAGCAGAUCCUGGCUAGUGGAGACUGUGGGCGGGACCUCACUUCUGCUCUUCACCUGCUCAGUAAACAUGAGGCUUUCAGAGAUGAGAUGGCUGCCCGCUAUGGUCCCCUGAGUAACAGCAUUGCUGCCGGGGAAGCUUUGGUUAACGAGGGACACUUUGGAGCCCCAGAGGUCACAGAGAGGAUUGAAGACAUCCGUUCACAGUGGGCACAUCUUGAGGAGACAACUAAACUGAGAGAGCAGAGACUCAAAGAAGCUGUGGCCCUGCAACAGUUCCAAACAGAUGCCAGUGACAUGGAGGCCUGGAUCAUGGAGACACUUAGACAGGUGUCAAGUCAGGAGUUGGGCCACGAUGAGUUCUCCACUCAAACUAUAGCUCGCAAGCAGAGGGAGAUAGAUGAGGAGAUCCAGAGCCACCGCCCCGUCAUCGACUCCUUGCAAGAGCAGGUUCAAGCACUACCGCAGGCCUAUACACAAUCCCCUCAGGUGGAUGGCCGCCUACCUGCUAUCGAACAGAGUUAUGAAGAACUGGAGACUCUGUCAGUAGCUCGGCGGCAGGCUCUGGAAGGAGCCCUGGCUCUUUACCGCAUGUUCAGUGAAGCAGGCGCCUGCCAGCUCUGGGUGGAAGAAAAGGAGCAGUGGUUAGACAGCAUGGAGAUCCCAACCAAACUGGAAGACUUGGAGGUGGUGCAGCAGAGAUUUGAGACUCUUGAACCUGAGAUGAAUAAUCUAGGAACUCGAGUCACUGAUGUUAAUCAGGUGGCAGAGCAGCUGCUGAGCUCUGACAACUGUAGUAAAGACCAAAUCCACCAGACAAAAGACCAACUCAACAGCAGAUGGACAGAGUUUGAACAACUGGCUGGUCAAAAGAAACAUGCCCUCGAGUCUGCCCUCAACAUCCAGAACUACCACUUGGAGUGUAAUGAGAUCCAGACUUGGAUGAAGGAAAAGACCAAGGUGAUUGAAUCCACUCAGAGUCUGGGCAAUGACCUGGCUGGAGUGAUGGCACUGCAACGCAAACUCACCGGCAUGGAGAGGGACCUGGAGGCCAUUCAGGGCAAAUUGGAUGACCUAAGAAAUGAGGCAGAAACGCUGGCCACAGAACAUCCAGAUCAGGCAGGAGAGAUCCAAGGCCGCCUGGCUGGGAUUCAAGAAGUGUGGGAGGAGUUGAACGCGACCAUGAAGCGACGUGAGGAAUCACUGGGUGAAGCCAGCAAGCUGCAGGGCUUCCUCAGGGACCUGGAUGGUUUCCAGUCCUGGUUGUCCCGCACCCAAACAGCCGUGGCCUCAGAAGACAUUCCCACUUCUCUGACUGAGGCUGAGAGUUUACUAGCCCAGCAUGAGAAUAUAAAGAAUGAGGUGGAUAACUAUAAGGAGGACUAUGAGAAGAUGCGUGCAGUCGGUGAGGAGGUCACCCAAGGUCAGACAGAUGCCCAGUACAUGUUCUUGGCUCAGAGGCUCCAGGCACUGGAUACUGGCUGGCAUGAGUUGCGUCGCAUGUGGGAGAACCGCCACAGUCUUCUGGCCCAAGCCUUUGACUUCCAGACUUUCCUAAGAGAUGCAAAGCAGGCGGAAGCUUUCCUGAACAGCCAGGAGUAUGUGCUGUCCCAUACAGAGAUGCCUGCCAGUCUACAGGGAGCAGAAGAGGCCAUUAAGAAGCAUGAGGAUUUCCUCACUACCACAGAGGCCAGUGAGGAGAAGAUAACUGGUGUAGUGGAGAACGGAAGGCGACUCAUCAAUGACUCUAAUGCAAACUCUGAUAAGAUCCAGGAAAAAGUUGAUUCUAUCCAGGAAAGGCAUUUUAAGAAUAAGGAGUCUGCAAAUGAAUUGCUGACAAAGCUUAAGGACAAUCGUGAACUUCAACACUUCCUCCAAGAUGGGCAAGAGCUCACAUUGUGGAUCAAUGAGAAGAUGCUGACGGCACAGGACAUGUCUUAUGAUGAGGCCAGAAAUCUUCACAGCAAGUGGCAGAAGCACCAGGCCUUCAUGGCAGAGCUGGCCUCUAACAAAGACUGGCUGGAUAAAAUUGACAAGGAGGGUCAGGCUCUGGUGGCAGAGAAGCCUGAGCUGAAACCUGUUGUCCAGCAGACCCUGGAGGACCUACAGCGUCAGUGGGAGGAGCUGGAAGGCACCACACGCACCAAGGCCCAGUGUUUGUUCGAUGCUAACCGGGCUGAGCUCUUUACACAGAGCUGCUCCUCUCUAGAUGUCUGGCUGAAGAACCUCGAGGGUCAGCUGCAUAAUGACGAAUACGGCAAAGAUUUGACCAGUGUCAACAUCUUGCUCAAGAAGCACCAGAUGCUGGAGCACCAGAUGGAGGUCAGAGAGAAGGAGGUGCAGUCCCUGCAGUCUCAGGCUCUGGCGCUGUCCCAGGAGGACGCUGGUCUAGCAGAGGUAGAUGGUCAGCAAAGGCGUGUCACUGACAACUUCUCAAACCUCCAGGAGCCUCUCAAACUGAGGAGACAGAGACUACUCGCCUCCAAAGAAGCACAUCAGUUCAACAGAGAUCUGGAGGAUGAAAUUCUAUGGGUGAAAGAGAGGAUGCCCCUGGCUAACUCCACAGACCAUGGAAAAGAUCUGCCUACUGUUCAGCUGCUUAUCAAGAAGAACCAGACAUUACAGAAGGAGAUCCAGGGCCACCAGCCUCGCAUUGAUGACAUCCACAGAAGAGGGGAGACUCAGAGCCAGGUCGAUGGUGAGAGACAGUCUGUCCUAGAGGAGCGUCUUGUUGAGCUGAACGACCUUUGGGACCAACUGAUUGGCGAGACAGACAAACGUCAUGCACGUUUAAUAGAGGCCAAUCGCGCCCAGCAGUUCUAUGCUGAUGCAGCGGAGGCCGAAGCUUGGAUGGGCGAACAAGAGUUACACAUGAUGUCAGAAGAAAAGGCCAAGGACGAGCAAAGCGCACUAGUGAUGGUCAAGAAGCACCAGAUCCUGGAGCAGGCACUUGAGGACUACGCCCAAACCAUUCACCAGCUAGCCAAUAGCAGCCGUCUCAUGGUCACCAGUGAACACCCAGAGAGUGAGAGAAUCAACUUACGGCAAGCCCAAGUGGACAAACUGUAUGCCGGGUUGAAAGACCUCGCUGAGGAGCGUCGUGGCCGGCUUCAGGAGAGACUGCGGCUGACCCAGCUGAAGCGGGAGGUGGAUGACCUAGAACAGUGGAUUGCUGAGAGGGAGGUGGUUGCCGGCUCCCAUGAACUAGGACAGGACUAUGAACAUGUCACAAUGCUGAGAGACAAGUUCAGGGAGUUUGCUCGUGACACCAGCACUAUUGGCCAAGAGCGAGUAGAUGGUGUAAAUGGGUUGGCAGAUGACUUGAUUGAGUCGGGUCAUCCUGAGAAUGCCAGUGUAGCUGAGUGGAAGGAUGGUCUAAAUGAGGCCUGGGCAGAUCUGCUGGAGCUGAUCGACACACGCACACAAAUGUUGGCUGCCUCCUACGAGUUGCACCGCUUCCAUCAGGAUGCCAUGGAGGUGCUCGGACGUGUUAAGGAAAAGCAUGAGGCACUGCCUUCUGACCUUGGCCGUGACCUGAACACUGUCCAGCAUCUACACAGGCAGCACAACACGUUUGAACAUGACAUCCAGGCCCUCAGUGGACAGGUGAACCAGGUGCAAGAGGAUGCAGCCCGGUUGCAGAAGGCUUAUGCUGGAGAGAAAGCUGAUGACAUUAACAGGAGUGAAAAUGCUGUGACUUCUGCCUGGGAGGGCUUGCUCGAGGCUGGUCAGGCCCGCAGGCUCCUCCUGCUGGACACGGUGGAGAAGUUCCGCUUCUUCAACAUGGUGCGAGACCUCAUGCUAUGGAUGGAUGGCGUCAACCUGCAAAUUGACGCACAUGACAGUCCAAGGGAUGUAUCAUCUGCAGGGCUGGUCAUUGCCAAUCAUCAGGACAUCAAGUCAGAGAUUGAGACCAGGGUUGACAGCUUUACUGCCUGUACUGAGAUGGGAAAUACUCUCAUUAACAACAAUCACUAUGCAGCUGAUGAGAUUCGGGAGAAACUGGUUCAGCUCCAGGAAAAGAGAGACAGGAUCAACAAAAACUGGCUAGACAAGAUGGACCAUCUACAAAUUGUGCUGGAGGUGCUGCAGUUUGGACGGGAUGCCUGUGUGGCAGAGUCUUGGUUGGCAGGUCAAGAACCUCUGGUGCGAACAGCAGAGCUGGGCGCAAAUGUGGACGAGGUCGAGAGCCUUAUAAAGCGUCACGAGGCCUUUGAAAAACUUGCUUCAGCCUGGGAAGAUCGCUUUGUCCUACUGGAGAAACUCACUACACUUGAGGAGCAGGAGAUCCAGAGGAGGCGAGAGGAAGAGGAGAGGGCUCGCCGACCCCCCACACCACCCCCAGUCGAAGAAGUGGCACAGUCUGAGGCAGAAAGUCAUCCACAUGAUUCGGCAGCCAGAACCAGUCUGGACCAGACCACCCUCAAUCAGGAUGUGUCAGUGAAUGGAGUACAUAGUGAUAAUGACACAUCUCAGGGCUCAGAGUCGGAGUCGGUGAACGGGCCAGGUAGAGACAGUGGGCUGGCAUCUUCUCGCCUCGAGCCGUCUGCAACGUUACCAGGCAGGGGUGGAGCAGAGUCCGAGCCAGACACCAUGGAGGGGAUGCUCUGUCGAAAACAGGAGAUGGAGUCCCACAGCAGAAAGGCAGCUACCAGGUCUUGGCAGAACGUGUACUGUGUCUUAAGAAAAGGAAGUCUUGGUUUUUAUAAAGAUGGCAAGAGUGCCAGCAACGGAAUUCCAUAUCAUGGAGAGGUACCCAUCAGCCUCGGCGAGGCUGUGUGUGAGGUAGCAAACGGCUAUAAGAAGAGGAAACAUGUGUUCAAGCUCAGGCUAGGGGAUGGAAAAGAGUACCUGUUCCAAGCCAAGGAUGAGUCGGAAAUGAGCUCCUGGAUCAGCUCCAUCCUCAGUUCCAUUCCAACAGGAUCAGGAGACUCACCCGGAGUUCCACGGGCCAUCAGCCGCGCCAUGACGAUGCCUCCCAUCUCCCCCAGCUCAGUUGAUGCUGGAGGCGUCACCAUGCGCAACAAAGAGGGGAAAGACAAGGAUCGAGAGAAGAGGUUCAGCUUCUUUGGCAAGAAGAAAUAGAACACUUGUAAAAUCAGUGAUGGAAACUAGAUUUCUCAAAAUUCAACACAGUGAAGCAGGCAGAAUGAAAAGUACAAACAGGUCAAACCAACACACUGCUUUCAGUGCAGGCCCCAAGGAAUUUGUCCACAGCUACUGUACGUGGCACACAGUGAACUUUGUUUCUUUUCUUUCUCUCCCUCGCCAUUUUUAUCUGUCAUUUAUUUUUUCGUUCACCCAGUUCUUAUUUCACAUUUAUCUGCAUCCAACAAUGAAAGCCCUCAUCCAAAGGCAGUUUCAGCCAACCAGCAGAGCUCAGUGUGAGUCAGUAACAGGUCUGGUUGUCGUUAGCAGGGAUCCAGGCCCAGUUCACUUCCAAUCUCCUCUUCAGCAUGAUGGUUUUAUUGCCCUCACUCUUAAGUGCUCUCUCUUUGGGAAGGAUCACAUCAGUCUUUUUUUUCUGUUCUCGGUAUUGAUGUUAUUAACCUGACCAAUAUUAUUGCUAUUAUUAUUAUUAUUAUUUAUCUUUUGCUGUUGCUGGUUUGAGAAAACUAAUUUGACAGUAGAUGAUCUUGAUUCAUGUUGGGGAGAGAAAUAAAUUUAGUUUCACUAGUGGAGAAUGUAGGGCUUGCCCUUGUAUGUAUUUCUUUUAUGACAGUUAUUGAGGUGUUUUGAGAAAAAAUAAAACUCUUUGAAUUUUAGCAGCGUGCAGUAAGUGAUCACACGUUUCAUUGGGAAAUGAUAUAUAAAUAUAUAUAUAUUUAAUAAGUGGUUUUAUUUUUUAUUUUAUCUAUAAUUUUGCCUGUAUUUGAUUAUUUCUUUUGAGCGAUCUUUUCUGCUUAAUUUUCAGCUUUUUUUCUGUACAAAGCAGAUAAGAUUAGUUUUCUAGUGUGUGUGUGUGUGAGCGUGUGUGUGAGUUGUGGUGCUGUGGAUUUUGCACGUUUAUGUUAUUCCUAAUUAAACGUGGCCAGGCUGAUGCUGCUUUUCGGUACGCAAAUGUAGACAAAAGCCAGACAAACUCAAACUCACAAUAUUACUGGAAUUAUUUCCUCAGAAUGCCUUUUUUCUUUUCUCUUUUUUUUGUUGCUUUUUAUUAUAUGUCAGAAGAAAUUAACAAUGAAGAUCCUCAAGACGGUUUCAUUAUUUCUGUUUCUCUCAAUAUCUAUUUCUGUUCUCCCUCCAUCUGCUGUUGUGAAGGCACGGGGCAGUGUGUAGAUAAAAAGCUGAUGCACAUGUGAGCAGGACAGCUGACGGGUCUUAUUGCAGGUGAAAUGAGGGGCGUGGAAGUGAUAGGCAGUGAAGAAUAUGGUUUGUGUGCUACUUGACAGAGAGAGGUGUAGUGAGCCUUACUUGAACCUACUACAGAUACACUGAACCCUUUUUUUUACAAACCCACCUCCCAUUCAACAAGUCUUAAAGAAAGCUUUCUUAGUACUAAUGAUAAGAAUGUUAAACGUGUGCCCUGUGGCAAUGAUCUAAUGUAUGUCAGUGGAUUGUAUAUGCAGGUAAGAAAUGAAUCAACAGAGGGAGAAGCCCUGAAUUCUCUCUGAAACGAGCUUUGCGCUCUCGCAUAUGUGGCAUGACUUCGUGUAAGUUUAUACUCGAUGUGUCUCAUCUGUUCUCUUCUGUGUUGGUGUAAUCACUUCAUAUUCAGGGUUGAGAGCAACCAAUUAUCUGUAAUUGGCAUUUACAUUCAUCCAAGAUAUAAUGGCAAUCUAACAAAGAUUUGUGUUUAGGCUCCUCAAAUACUGAACAUAAUUGAUAGGAAAGAUGCAUUUACAGUAUAUUGUGAAACUAGACUGUAGCUCAAUUACAAAGAAACAUCUAGAGACCAUCGGAGGGGUCGGUAACUGUUUGGUCGAGUCACUCACUUAAAUCCAGGUGUUAAUUUGCCUUUUGUACCUGCCAAAAAGCAAAAAGAAGAUUUUUUUUUUUGAAAACCUUGAGUGGGUUGCAUAUUUUGCAGAUAAACAAUAAUUUGACCUGUCCUAAAUGUUGAAAGUAGCCUGGAUGUGUCACAGGCCUUUGCAGGGCUGAUGAGUUCACAGGAAUGUCACACCAAACUGUUGUGAUAACACACACAGGGGGAAGUAAACUUGCAUUCGGUUGCAGUUUAAGCUGGUCGGCCUUAUUUUUCCAGUUCCUAACGAAUGUGCAAACGCUGUUCAAAUCCGACACCCGACAUCCACUUUGAGACGAUUAGUGAUCAGGGUUAAUUUGACACCACCUAACAUUGCCUUGUCUCUGUCAGUGGGACUUAGCAUCCAGGGUGCGUGACAGAGCUCCCUAUAGAGACAGUCCACUUUAAGUAACCUCAAACUCAAAGUUCAACCGGUCAACGAGGUCAUUGCAUACACGAGUGAGCCGACGCAGUUUAGCACAUCGUGCACAAUUUCCUAUGAAUCAUUCUCCCCCAGUGGACGAGCUGGCUGUAGUGAACACUGCACUGCACAGCCUCCAUUCGCUGUUAUAGGGAGUUCAAGUUCAUAGCUCACACAGGUGUGUUUUCUUAUCAGCUCAUUUGAAUGUGUGAAAAUUCAAUUUAGUUUUGGGCCAAAUUGGUCACGUGAAGCAAAAACGUCCUUGACACACUGUACACAAGCUCUCUCUCUUUCUUUCACACACACAUUGGUACUGUUCUGUAUAUUCAAUGCAGAAUGACCUUGGCGAUCCAGUCUUGUGGGAAUGUCCUCAGCUGGCUGAUUCGAUGUUGCAUAUGGCACCCUUUUAAAACAAAACAAAAGUAACACUGUGCUACUGGUGAGCUUCGAGCAGAACAUGGGACGUGUGUAUUAUUGAUGUCAAAGAGAUGAGUCUGGUUAUGAGAGAACUUGUCACAACGGAGAACUUCAUGAAGAAAGAAUUACAACUUUUACUUGUUGAGUAUUAGAUAUGAGUGAAAACAGACUGGUGAUAAUUUUAGCUUCCUUUUUUUAGAAGAAGGCAGGAUCUUUGCUGUCUAGUGGGAGCUUGUAUUUUUUCCUCCAGUAGUCUGUCUUGCAGCAUUUGAUAAGCCUGUUCGACAACCUUCAUUUCUGAUUUACUUUUGACGAAUGUCUGUUCCUCCCUCUGUAAUUCAGAGCUGUUAAUACCACUACUAUUAUUAAUUGCUGUUAUUAUCAUUAUUGCUACUGUUGUUACUAUUACUACUACUGUUACUAAUGCAACCUAUUGCAAAAAGUAUAACUGCUGUCCAUUUUCAGGUACGUGUCUGUAAUACCAGACCCUUCCACACGAUGUCAGUGUGCUGUGGAGCAUUUUCAUUACGAAACGAAAAUAAUGUUUGUUGACUUGUGUAUCUACAUCUAAUAUUAGGAAUAAUAAAACAUGGUUUAAUGAAACAAA